AUGUCCGCCUCCACAGAGCCUCAGGACAUUCCCUCUUCCUCAGCCGCCAGCCAAGAUGCCUCGGGACGACAGCCCUCCGCCGCCUCCUCCGCCGCCGCCCAACUCGCCAGUGCACAGAUAAGCCUGCGCAAGACGCUGCGCCAGUUCCCCGACUUCCCCAUCCCGGGGAUUGACUUUGUCGACAUCAUGCCCCUCUUCGCCAACCCGGACGCCCACGCCACGCUGCUGUCCGCCCUCGAGCUGCAAAUCUCUCAGUCCUUUGGCGCCACCAAGCCCGAUAUCAUUGUUGGCCUCGACGCCCGCGGCUUCCUCUUCGGCCCCGGCCUGGCCCUGCGCCUCGGCGUCGGCUUCGCUGCCGUUCGCAAGAAGGGCAAGCUGCCGGGCCCUUGCGUCACUGCCGAGUACGUCAAGGAGUACGGCAAGGACUUGUUCCAGAUGCAGGAGGAUGCCAUCCGCGAGGGGCAGAAGGUCUUGAUUGUUGACGAUAUUAUUGCGACGGGUGGUUCGGCGGCGGCGGCGGCGGAUCUUGUUCACCAGCUCAAGGGUCAGGUCGUUGGUUACCUUUUCAUUCUCGAGAUUCCCGGCCUCAAUGGUCGUGAGAAGCUCGGAGGCGCUCCUACUACUAUCCUCCUCGAGAACCCCUAA